AUGAGUCGAACCAUCAUCAACCGCAUGGCCUCUGAUCAUUGUAGAGACCGUACCCUCAAACCGGCAGCCCGGUCUAUCCGAACUUCUCCCCCGGGACAGCCACAAUUCCCUCCAAAUGCACAGUGCCCUCCGUCGAAGCGCUACCCGGCAGGCCAAAAUCGAUAUAUCGCUUCUAGUCAGCCAGGCGACGGAGAGAUACCUCUCACAACACUCUCCAGCGGAAUACUCACCGCAGCCAAUCCAGGGCACGCCCGCAGCAUCGUAUGGAACCACUCAUCCGGCAUUCCCCGCAAAAACUCCAACACGCACUCCUCCACAGAUGGCUGGGGGCAUUCCCGCCGCGGUCGCAGCCUGCCCAUGCCUCCUGGUCUGCCGCAGCAACCAGUCAUGGAGGCAUGGGCAGGUAACGCAUACCAAAUGCAAUAUAUGCAACAGAUUCAACCGAUGGAAAUGGGGCAAGCGCCCGCCUCAAAUGGCGACGAAACGACGCAAGCGCCCGCAGACAUGGUGUCAAUAUGGUUGAAGAUGCACAUCUAG